UUUAUGGAAAAUUACAUGUUGCACGAUGACUGUAUUUUUUCAUAAUCUUUUAUUUCAUCUGAACAUGUGUCGUGCAUUUGUCAGUUCUCAGCAAACCAUGGAGAGAAAUAAACUGGAGAGACAACCAGAGUGAUCUGCAGUAUGUGAAGGACUACAGACCUCAGACUGACGGCCAGCUGCUCAGGAUUCUCCUUCAUGGUCCGGUUGGAGCUGGAAAAUCCAGUUUCAUCAACUCUGUCCAAAGUGUCUUAAAAGGCCAAAUGUACACACGUGCUUUUGCAGACAGCACCUCUCACGACUGUUUCACCAAAAAGUACACAACCUACAAGAUCAAAAAAGGCGCAGAGACCUUUUACCCUUUUGUCUUCAAUGACAUCAUGGGCCUGGGUCCAGACGUUGGGGUCCAAGUAAAAGAUGUCAUUCUGGCUAUGAAGGGAAAGGUGAAGGAAGAUUACACGUUCAAUCCUGAUUCUAGGUUGUCAAAGGAUAAUCAAUUCUACAACAACAAUCCAACUAACAACGACAAAGUGCACGUUCUGGUUUGUGUCAUUGAUGCCAACACGGUAACUUUCAAGAGUAAGAAAGUUGAGGAAAAGAUUCGCGAGAUAAGGAAGGAAGCCACUUACUUGGAACAGCAGCUGUGGUCUGUCUAG